UUCCUUUUAACCAUCCUUUAAGCUGUAAAAAUGGAGAGCGAGGUUUUCACCCCCCUUCUGGAGCAAUUCAUGUCCAGCCCCUUGGUCACUUGGGUGAAAACGUUUGGACCUCUGGCCGCGGGAAACGGGACCAACCUGGAUGAAUAUGUGGCAUUGGUCGAUGGCAUAUUCUUGAACCAGGUCAUGCUGCAAAUAAAUCCCAAAUCGGAAAGUCAGAGAGUAAAUAAAAAAGUCAACAAUGAUGCCUCACUUAGAAUACAAAAUUUAUCCAUUUUAGUGCGACAGAUAAAAUCUUAUUAUCAGGAAACUUUACAGCAGUUGAUAAUGAUGUCUUUGCCAAAUAUCCUAAUCAUUGGCAAAAAUCCCUUUUCUGAACAAGGAACAGAAGAAAUUAAAAAACUGCUGUUACUUUUAUUGGGCUGUGCAGUUCAGUGUCAGAAGAAAGAAGAAUUCAUUGAAAAAAUCCAAGAUUUAGAUUUUGACACCAAAGCAGCAGUCGCGGCCCACAUACAAGAGGUAACGCAUAAUCAGGAAAAUGUGUUUGAUAUGCAAUGGAUGGAGGUGACUGACAUGCCUCAAGAGCACCUGGAGCCACUCUUGAAAAAUAUGGCAUUACAUUUGAAAAGACUUAUCGACGAGAGAGAUGAGCAUUCCGAGACCAUCAUAGAACUCUCUGAAGAACGAGAUGGCCUUCACUUUCUCCCACAUGCCUCAUCUGCACAGUCACCUUGUGGUUCCCCAGGCAUGAAGCGCACUGAAAGCAGACAGCACCUCUCGGUGGAACUCGCAGAUGCAAAGGCAAAGAUUAGAAGGCUUAGACAGGAGCUGGAGGAGAAGACUGAGCAAUUAUUAGACUGUAAACAGGAACUCGAACAGAUGGAAACAGAACUAAAGCGGCUACAACAAGAGAAUAUGAACUUACUUUCGGAUGCUCGCUCCGCCAGAGUGUACCGAGAUGAAUUGGAUGCCCUUCGAGAGAAGGCAAUCAGAGUUGACAAACUUGAAAGUGAAGUCAGUCGUUAUAAAGAAAGAUUGCAUGAUAUUGAAUUUUACAAGGCAAGAGUUGAGGAAUUAAAAGAAGACAAUCAAGUGUUACUGGAAACAAAGACCAUGCUGGAAGACCAAUUAGAAAAUACCAGAGCUCGUUCUGAUAAAUUACAUGAAUUAGAAAAAGAAAAUCUACAACUGAAGGCCAAACUACAUGAUAUGGAAAUGGAACGUGAUCUGGAUAGAAAGAAGAUUGAAGAGUUGAUGGAAGAAAAUAUGACUUUGGAGAUGGCUCAGAAACAAAGUAUGGAUGAAUCAUUACAUCUUGGCUGGGAACUGGAGCAAAUAUCCAGAACCAGUGAACUUUCUGAAGCUCCACAAAAAUCUCUGAGCCAUGAAGUGAAUGAAUUAGCAUCCAGUAGGUUGCUGAAGCUGGAAAUGGAAAACCAGAGUUUGGUGAAGACUGUGGAAGAGCUUCGGAGUUCUGUGGGUUCAGUAGAAGGCAAUAAUUCCAAAAUUCUGAAACUGGAGAAGGAAAACCAGAGGCUGAGCAAAAAGUUGGAAGGCCUUGAGAAUGAAAUUAGUCAAGAGAAACAAAGCCUUCAAAAUAGUCAAAAUCUGAGUAAGGACCUCAUGAAGGAGAAAGCACAGCUUGAAAAAACAGUCGAAACUCUUAGAGAAAAUUCAGAAAGACAGAUUAAAAUACUGGAACAGGAGAAUGAACAUCUGAAUCAAACCGUGACUUCUUUAAGACAGCGCUCACAGAUAAGUGCUGAAGCAAGAAUGAAGGACAUUGAGAAAGAAAAUAAAAUCUUACAUGAAUCUAUCAAAGAGACAAGCAGCAAGUUAAAUAAGAUUGAAUUUGAAAAGAGGCAAGUUAGAAAAGAAUUAGAGCAUUUUAAAGAAAAAGGAGAAAGAGCAGAAGAGCUCGAAAAUGAGUUGCAUCGUCUGGAAAAGGAAAAUGAAUCAUUACAGAAAAAGAUAACCAAUUUAAAAAUUACUUGUGAGAAGAUUGAAUCUUUAGAACAGGAAAAUUCAGACCUGGAAGUGGAAAAUAGAAAAUUAAAAAAGGCUCUGGAUAGCUUAAAAAACCUAACUUUUCAACUUGAGUCCUUGGAGAAAGAGAAUUCUCAGCUUGAUGAAGAAAACUUAGAACUGCGAAGAUCAGUAGAAUCUUUAAAGUGUACCAGUAUGAAGAUGGCUCAACUGCAAUUAGAAAAUAAAGAGUUGGAAAGUGAAAAAGAGCAACUGAAGAAAGGCCUUGAACUCAUGAAGGCUUCUUUCAAGAAAACUGAGCGUUUAGAAGUCAGUUACCAAGGUCUGGAUACAGAAAACCAAAGACUGCAGAAAGCCCUUGAAAAUAGCAAUAAAAAAAUUCAGCAGUUGGAAAUUGAACUCCAAGAUUUGGAGACUGAAAAUCAAACACUACAAAAGAGUUUAGAAGAAUUAAAAAUUUCUAGUAAGCGACUGGAGCAACUAGAAAAGGAAAAUAAGUUAUUAGAGCAAGAGACUUCUCAACUGGAAAAAGAUAAAAAGCAACUAGAGAAGGAGAAUAAGAGACUCCGGCAACAAGCAGAAAUCAAAGACAUUACAUUAGAAGAAAAUAACGUAAAAAUUGGAAAUCUGGAAAAGGAAAAUAAAUCCCUCUUCAAAGAAAUAGCUGUAUUUAAGGACUCCUGUGUACGACUAAAAGAGUUAGAGAAAGAAAACAAGGAGCUCGUGAAGAGAACAACUAUUGAUAAAAAAACACUUUUGACAUUGCGUGAGGAUUUGGUGAGUGAAAAGCUAAAGACUCAACAAAUGAAUAAUGAUUUAGAAAAACUUACUCACGAACUUGAAAAGAUAGGGUUAAAUAAAGAACGCCUCUUGCAUGAUGAGCAGAACACUGAUGACAGUAGGUACAAACUUUUGGAGUCAAAAUUAGAGUCUACUCUGAAGAAAUCCCUUGAAAUAAAAGAAGAGAAAAUUGCAGCUUUGGAAGCUCGAUUAGAAGAAUCCACAAAUUUCAAUCAACAACUGCGUCAAGAGCUUAAAACAGUGAAAAAGAACUAUGAAGCUCUCAAACAAAGGCAAGAGGAAGAGAGGAUGGUACAGAGCUCUCCUCCAAGAGUGGGUGAAGAGAAUCAAUCUGUUCGUAAAUGGGAAAGAGAAAGUCAAGAAACUACAAGAGAACUUUUGAAGGUCAAAGAUAGAUUAAUCGAAGUGGAGAGGAAUAAUGCUACCCUGCAGGCAGAGAAGCAAGCAUUGAAAACUCAGCUGAAGCAACUCGAGACCCAGAAUAAUAAUCUUCAGGCUCAGAUUCUGGCACUUCAGAGACAGACUGUGUCUUUGCAGGAGCAAAAUACCACCCUACAGACUCAGAAUGCCAAACUUCAGGUUGAAAAUUCUACUCUUAAUUCUCAAAGCACUUCACUAAUGAACCAGAAUGCACAACUACUUAUACAACAGUCUUCCUUAGAAAAUGAAAAUGAGACUAUAAUCAGGGAACGAGAAGAGCUGAAAUUGCUUUAUGAAUCACUGGUCAAAGAUCAUGAAAAAUUGGAACAUCUUCAUGAACGCCAAGCUUCUGAGUAUGAAUCUCUUAUUGCCAAGCAUGGAAGUCUGAAAUCUGCACACAAAAAUCUCGAGGUGGAGCAUAAAGACCUUGAAGAUCGUUACAAUCAGUUGCUGAAACAAAAAGGACAGUUGGAAGAGUUGGAAAAAAUGGUCAAAGUGGAACAAGAGAAAAUGCUUCAGGAAAAUAAAAAGCAUGAAACUGUAGCUGCAGAUUACAAAAAGCUUUGUGGUGAAAAUGAUAGGCUGAAUAACACUUAUAGUCAGCUACUGAAAGAUACUGAAGCUCUUCAAACUGACCAUAAGAAUUUAAAGAGCCUAUUAAAUAAUUCCAAACUGGAGCAAACCAGAUUAGAAGCUGAAUUUUCUAAAUUAAAGGAACAGUACCAACAAUUGGAUAUUACAUCCACAAAAUUGAAUAAUCAGUGUGAGUUGCUUAGUCAGCUUAAAGGAAACUUAGAAGAAGAAAAUAGACACCUGCUUGAUCAAAUUCAGACAUUAAUGCUACAAAAUAGAACACUAUUGGAACAAAAUAUGGAAAGCAAGGACCUAUUCCACGUUGAACAAAGACAGUAUAUUGAUAAAUUAAAUGAACUCAGAAGGCAAAAGGAGAAAUUGGAAGAAAAAAUUAUGGAUCAAUAUAAAUUUUAUGAGCCAUCACCUCCUAGAAGAAGAGGCAACUGGAUUACUCUAAAAAUGAGGAAACUGAUAAAGUCUAAGAAAGAUGUUAAUCGGGAACGUCUGAAAUCUUUAACGCUAACACCUACCCGCUCUGAAUCAAGUGAAGGAUUUCUUCAGCUACCCCUUCAGGACAGCCAAGACAGUUCUUCAGUGGGUUCUAACUCUCUGGAAGAUGGCCAAACCCUGGGGACCAAGAAGAGCAGCAUGGUUGCCCUGAAAAGACUGCCCUUUUUGAGGAACAGACCGAAGGAUAAAGACAAAAUGAAGGCCUGCUAUCGUCGCUCCAUGUCCAUGAAUGACCUGGUGCAGUCCAUGGUCCUAGCAGGAGGACAAUGGACAGGUAGUACUGAGAAUUUGGAGGUUCCAGAUGAUAUUUCUACGGGUAAAAGGAGAAAAGAGUUGGGAGCUAUGGCCUUCUCUACUACAGCAAUCAACUUUGCCACCGUCAACUCUUCUACAGGAUUCAGAUCCAAGCAGUUGGUUAAUAAUAAAGAUGCUACAUCAUUCGAAGAUGUAAGCCCACAAGGUAUUAGUGACGAUUCUAGUACAGGAUCCAGAGUUCAUGGAGCUCAGGAAAGUAACUGUGUAGAGGUUUUUGCUCCUUCCAACCGUGGCAUCUCUACAGUGUGCAGGGUUCCUUGUCAGAUCUGUUCUUCCAGACCAGCCAGCCUUGAUAGUGGCAGAACAUCCACUAGCAAUAGCAAUAAUAAUGCUUCCCUUCAUGAAGUCAAAGCAGGUGCCGUUAAUAACCAAAGCAGGCCACAGAGCCACAGCAGUGGAGAGUUUAGCCUGCUUCACGACCACGAUGCUUGGUCCAGCAGCAGCAGCAGUCCAAUCCAGUACUUGAAAAGGAACACUCGCUCUAGCCCCGGGCUCCAGCACAAAAUGCCAGAAACCCUGGAUGGUCAAGGAUAUCACAGGAUCAAAACUGGCUCCCCUGGGAGUGAGGUGGUCACUCUACAGCAGUUUUUAGAAGAAAGCAACAAGCUUACCUCAGUACAGAUAAAAUCAUCAAGCCAAGAGAAUCUUUUAGAUGAAGUAAUGAAAAGUUUGUCCGUCUCCCCUGACUUUAUGGGAAGAGAAAAGACAGUGAAACAAUCAGCAGUUGGCUGUGGUAUUUCCAGGUCAGUAAGCGUGAGAUGCACAACUGAUUUCUCUGACGGAAAGCCAACAAAGCCGGAACAAUUUGUAUUGCCGAACCCUCGAAAGACUGAAGACUCCUACUUCAGCAGCUCUUCUGGAAAGUCUGGCACUCAAACAAAGGUCAAGUUAGUAAAAGAAACUUCUCUGUCACAACGACAAUCAAAAGAUCAUAACCCUUAUGCUACGUUACCUCGGGCGAGCAGCGUGAUAUCGACUGCUGAAGGAACUACGCGGAGAACAAGCAUUCAUGAUUUUUUGUCCAAGGAUAGUAGACAGCCUGUGUCGAUUGAUCCGUCGCCUUCCACAACUGAUAGCACCUUCUCAUCGACAUCUAGUGAGUACUGUCUACACCAAAAGUCCCCUCAUUUGCUUCCCGGGCCAAAAUUCACUAUAGAACCCUGUUCGGAAAAUUAUAUAGCCACGACUAUGGAGUCAGCCCUUGCUGGAUGUCCUUCGACCCAGUUUAAGAAUUCAAGAACUGAAAGGUCACAUUUGGUUGGCAAACCUUCUUCAGCCAUUAAUGUGUUCAGAGACACAGGGGAAGUGUCAGCUAACGGUAGGGCAGCGUCGUUUACCAUGAUGCACGUAUCACAGCCGUUUUUGUCCCUGAACACGGAAUUAGUGAGUAACAUAAGCGGGUUACCCCAAAGGCCAGCCUCCAAAGUCACCGAACAGGCAUUUAUCUCCUCAGUUAAAGCUGACGAUGAACAGGCUUCUAAGGAUCCUGAUAAGCCCAAUAACAGUAGUUCCCGGUCCUCUUUAAAUAGCGGUGAAUUUACCACUCCAUCAGGGGUAAAUGCUGGCGAAACAGAAUCCCCGUUACUGGUCUCUGAGGAUAAUCAAACUGUUUGGUAUGAGUAUGGUUGUGUGUAAUAGAAAACAGGUAGUGUUCAAGCUAUGUCCUCGUAAGUGGAAUAGGUUUCCUCCCUAUUGUCUGAAUUAGGGGGAGUCUCCCUGAAAUCAAGUCUUGUUUGUUGUGCUAGGUUUACAUUUCUUUUAGUUUUGUAUGGUGGUUAUAGUGUUUUGCUGUGUAUUAUAGCAUGUGUAUGAAUGUAAAAUUGUAACCACGCCAAAGCUUGCAUGAAGUAUUAAUUGCACUGUAUAUUUUCUGCAUGCCUUUAAAAGCCUUAACAGUACCAGCCGACGUUCCGUAUUUUUCCUCAUCAGAUAAAAAUAUCUUUUGUUACCUUACCAAGUGCAUGCCAAGACAUCUGCAUGCUCUAUUGCCAGAAAGGCACAGCCCAGGUAAUUUUAAGUACGCAAACACAAAUUCAGUAGCUUCUAAAUUAUUUUUACUCUAGCUUCUCAAGAAGGCACAUUUUCUCCCCUCCUCAUAAAGUACAUCUUGCACAUGUCUGCUACCAGUGAGGAAAGACGUAGCGAUAUGAUGCCACUUAUUUACACAGUGUACCCUCUUUUCCUUUUUGCUUUUUGAACCAAUUAUAAUUAAUAAUUUAUAUUGAGCAUAUGAUCAGACACUUCAAAUUUUAAAAAGUGUCAUCCUCAUGAACAUUAAUGGUAUCUUUAGAAAAGUUCCAUUAAAUGAAAUGUAACUUUUACAGACAGCCAGAGAGCCCCUUCCUUAGACCUUCUCUAUUUUCUGUGCUUUCUGUUCCUGUGUCUGAUGGGUAGAAGUACUCAAGUGCUUAUUUUUUUUUAGGUGAAUUUUUCCUGAAACCAGGUAACUCGGUAGUCUGACCAGAAAUUAUUUUCGGUGUGUAAUGCAGAUAAUAAUAAAAUACCGAAUGGACUCCUCA